ACCUUUCACGAAGUUUAUGAGAGUGGAUUGCCGUUGUGUGCGUGUUGUUUACAUCUGAUUCUCAGUUUCUUAUAUACGAAAAGAAAGUGCUUAAGAAAGUUGUUAUUUGUUAUUGAAACAGAGUAAUUUUGUUUUUUUUUAACUUCAAAAAAGAAGCUUCUUGCGGUUAUAUUUCAAUCAAAUGGCGCAAGCUCUGUGUAUUUGUAAUCGAAAACUUAAAUCACAGUCUUGAAUUUGGAAAUAACUUUCUUUACUGCUAAAAAAGGUCAUUUAAGUUUUUGAAAAGUGUCUGUUAGGCAUUGAAAGAAAAAUGUUUUAUUUUAAACACCAAUUGUAAGACUUAAGAUACAUCGUUAGUGUCUUAAAUUAAGAAGAGGCAGCUCAAUGUUCUUAGCACCUCCAAGUAACUUUCAUAAGCAAAAUGUACUAUCUAAAUAAUGAGACUGCGGCUCUACCUUCUGCGGGGAACUUUGCACAAAGGGAGGCACACUCAUCAACCUUGGAGCUAAAGACUGUAUCUAUAAAUCCAGAUGAUACUUACACUGUUCAGCAGGCGAUCAAUGCCUUUGGUUUCGGAUGGUUUCACGUCAAACUCUCACUGUUAGUGGGCCUCUGCUGGAUGUCCGACUCCAUGGAAAUGGCCAUCCUAAGCAUACUCGGCCCAGCUUUAUUCUGCGAGUGGAACGUUACUAAGUUCCAGCAGGCUUCGGUCACAACCAUCGUGUUUUUGGGCAUGAUGUUGAGUUCCAGUUUUUGGACACAACUGAGCAACAGAUAUGGUCGAAAGUCGGCCCUCACUUUGUUUGGAGUAUUAUUAGUUUUAUAUAGUAUUCUUAGUUCAGUGGCCCCCAGUUAUGCUUGGCUAUUAACCCUAAGAGGGCUAGUUGGCUUUGCAAUUGGCUGCGUUCCACAAUCAGUCACCUUAUACGCAGAGUUUCUGCCGACCAAACACAAGGGAAAGUGUGUGGUACUAAUGGACUGUUUUUGGGCCUUGGGAGCUUGCUUUGAGGUGGUCUUGGCCCUGGUUGUGUACCCUUAUUACGGGUGGCGUGGCCUUUUGGCUCUUUCAGCUACGCCACUGCUUAUAUUUACACUUUUAUCACCGUGGCUCAGCGAAUCAGCGCGAUAUUACUCAUAUAAUGGCCAUAACGACAAGGCUAUUAAGGUUCUGGAACAGAUUGCUCAUAAUAACAAACGGCAUAUGCUAAUGGGUCGCCUCAUGGCCGACGAAGAGCCGAGUUCCAAUGAGAGUUUUAGAUCUCUUCUCAGCUCUAACCUCUAUAGGACCACUCUAUUACUGUGGUUUAUAUGGCUUGCCUCGGCUUUUUGUUAUUACGGUUUGGUCCUGGUCACAACCGAGCUGUUGGUGGCCAGAAACAAAGAAAGUAACCCCAACGAGUGCGUGACGUUCAUGACCUCCGAUUUCAUGGACUUGCUGUGGAUUACGUUGUCUGAGUUUCCAGGGAUACUGAUAACAAUCAAGGUGAUCAAGCUUUUUGGCAAGAAAAGGACCAUCGUCCUGCAGUACUUAGUUCUUGUCUUUUGCACAUUGGUGUUACUGUCGGUAACAAGUCGCUUCUCAACUUCUUUGACACUAUUCAUUGCUCGGGGAACGAUAUCUGGAAUUUUUCAAGCUAUUUAUGUGUACACCCCGGAAAUAUACCCCGCCACCCUGAGGUCUGUGGGAGUUUCGGGUUGCUCCGUUCUGGCUAGACUUGGCGCCAUGUUAACCCCGUUCGUGGCGCAGGUUUUGAUGGAUACGUCCAAAGUUCAAGCCAUGUCCACCUAUGCCUUCGUAGGGUUACUGGCUUCCAUAGCCUGCGCAUUUCUUCCCAGAGAAAAUGUUGGCUAUCACUGAUUACUUUAACAUUACUAUGUAUUUAAAUUAUUAAAGACUUUGAUCCGUAGAAA